ACCACGAGAGCGCGAAAUGCAGAUGGAGGGCAGGAAGUGAAGUAGCCGAGGAUUUGCCAUCUGUAAACAUGCCCAUGUUUUGUGCCGUUUACGGCUGCUCCAAUCGCUCCAGCAGAGAAAAGGAAAAGCAUUAUUAUCGAGUGCCAAAGGUUGUCGUUCAUAAAGGUGAAAGAUGUAAAAAACUAACUGAAAAACGACGUAAAAAGUGGAUUAUAAAUCUACGUCUGCGGUCGGGAGGAGCAGAGUCUGCUAAUGCGCGUGUCUGUAGCGACCACUUCGUCAGCGGCUGCCCUAGCUCUUUGGGUGACAUUGAGUCGGUAGACUGGGCUCCAACAGUCAACCUCGGUCACCAACAAUCUAAACCCAGAUCAGAGGCAUCUCUUCAACGAGAUCAGAGGAUGAAGCUAAAGGCGGAACAACAAAGAAGCUCGGAAUGUGCUGAGGCUAUGUUGGAUCUGUCAGCUGAGCACCCGCGUAUGAACCCUGAGGAGACUGGUACUGGUCCAACAGUCCCACAAACAGAGGUGGUCAGCGGAAACGGGACAUUAAAUAAACAAGACUACGUAGAUGCCGGAUGCCAGACUGAACUAACAAUGGAUGACAUUGAAAAGAUGGAGGAUGUUCUGCGACAGAACACAACAGAGCUGGCAGAUCUUCGAACCAAGGCACUGGAGACAGAGUUCAACCGGGAGUCCUUUGAAAAAAACGAAGACAAGACAAAGUUUUACACGGGGCUACCCAAUUUCUUAGUUUUGCUUCAGAUUUUUGAGCUGUGCGAGCCCUACAUCACCUGUGGUUCUACGUGUGUGCUGUCUAAAUUUGAACAGUUCAUUUUAGUUUUGAUGAGGCUCAGACUAAAUCUUCCGCUCAAAGAUUUGGCUUUUAGGUUUAAGAUCUCUGUGCCCACUGCUUCUAGAGUUUGGCAUAAAGUAAUCGACAUACUUCAUCAGAGAUUGGAAUUAUUAUCUAAUCUUUCGGAGUCUGUUGUCCCAUUGGAGUAAGGAGGAGGAGAAGACGGGAGAUAUAAUAAAUCAGUUCAGUACCUGAGCCCUCACACGUUGGUCUGUCUGUAAAUAUGUUUUCAAAUGAUAUGUUCAUGCUUAUUAUUGUUCAUGCUUAUUAUUACAUUGUUCUUGUAAUUAUAAAACAAUUUGACAAAUCUAACCGUGUGAAUAAACCCAUAUGACUUAU